UGCAAUAAUUUUUUACAAAUUAAUUCAAGAGCAAAGUAAUUUAAUAAAUAGGGUAACAUGUAUAAUCAAAAAGAGAAAUCACAGCUUUAGGUUUAUGUGAGAAUAAAACCAAACUAAUCAGGAAACGUGAUUUAGUAUGAGAUGAGUGAAGAUAAUAAUUAAUUGACUAUACUUAACAGACCUCUAUAAACAUCUGGCUAUUAUUCUUUGAAUUUCAGAGAAUAAACAUAGUUUUCAUUCAAGGAUAUCCUUGAUCAAGAUGCAGGAUAGGAAGAAGUGUAUGAAAAAGUAGCAUAUCCCGUACUUUAAAACUUUAUAAGUGGAUACAACGGCACUAUAUUUGCAUACGGAUAAACAGGAAGUGGUAAAACAUACACGAUGAGUGGUUCAGAGUAACAAUAGUGGUAAUUUAGAGGUAUAAUCCCAAGAGUUAUUAGCGGAGUUUUUGAUGAAAUAGACCAAAAGAAAGGGUUUGAUUGUAAAGUCUUUAUAUCUUAUAUGGAAAUAUAUAACGAUAAUGCAUAUGAUCUUUUGGACUCUACUCAUUUAGAGGAACCUCCAGAAAAUUGGAACAAGGUUUAGUUUUAAUGGGAUGAUGAAGGUAACAUUCAUCUAAAAAAUAUCACAAUUCAUCCCAUUUAGAAUGAAUAAGAAGGUUUUGAUAAAAUGAUUACAGGCAAUUUCAUCAAAAAGAUGAGCUCAACUCCCAUUAAUUACAAUUCCUCACGUUCGCAUUGUGUUUUUACAAUUAACUUAGAAGCAACUGAAAAGGCAACUGGUGAUUAAUAUCUUUCAAAGUUACAUUUAGUUGAUUUAGCUGGUUCUGAACGUAUUUCUAAAAGCUAAGUAGAAGGCACACUUCUUAAUGAAGCUAAACAUAUUAACAAAUCUCUAAGUUUCUUAGAACAAGUCAUUGUCGCUUUGAAUGAUCAAAUGAAAAAAGGAGUUAGAAUCCAUAUUCCAUAUAGAAACUCUAUUAUGACAACUGUUUUAAAAGACAGUCUUGGAGGUAAUUGUAUGACUGUUAUGAUUGCUAACGUAAGCAGCGAUUUAGAAAAUUAUGAUGAAACAAUAUCUACAUUAAGGUUCUCCUAAAGAGUUGGCUAAAUUGAAAACGAAGUUUCAAAAAAUUAAAAGUUUGAUAUAUACAAAGCAUACAAAUAACUCCAAAUAGAAAACUAGUAACUGCAGAGGAGAUUAGAGGAUUAUGAAAAAAAUGGAUCUUAAAGACCAAUUACUUCUUCUGAAUAGGUCGAUUUCGAUGAGGUAGAUGGAUAAACUGCAUAAUAUGUAAGACAAAAAGUGGGAAAAUAUUUGGAUGAAUCAUCAAACUAUUUAUAUAUUUAAGACUUAUAAGAAGCUUAGCUAUGCUUUUAGGCAAUGAAAAUAUUAUACAAUAAAACAAUGCAGGAAUAUGUUGAUGAGUUACAACUCAUUUCAGGAAAGUUAUAAAAAUAUGAGGUUCUACUGAAAUAAAAAAAGCAGAGAAUCAAAGAAAGAUAGUAAGAUAAUAUGAAUAAUUCUUAAGAAGAGCAAUAAUCAACUCAUUAAUCAUCUUAGAGUUAAGAUGAAUAGGAUUAGAAAGGCCAGACAAAUAAACAAUAAAAGCCAGAUCGUGAUAAAUCAAAAGACAAGCUUGCCACAAUAACAAAUGGCUAAUUAGAAAACGGAAAAGAAAAUAUUUAAUAAGAAUCUAUGUAGCAAAAGCCUACUUUAUACUAAUAAAUUUAAUCAUAAAGAUCUAAUAAUUUUAUAAAAUCUUAAAACCAACAAUACUAACUAAAUGGUUAAAAAAGCAAUGACUUGAAUAGUUCUGCAGACAAUCCAUUAAUUUUUAACCUGUAUAAAUAAACUAUAAAUUAAAAGAAGUCAACUAACUGA